CCGCUCCGUGGACGUCAAAGUAAUAUCAAGAAAAUACCAAACUCUAUGGACGUCAAAGAAAUGAAUACCCACUUUGGUCUGAGCUCAAGAAUAUCCACUUUAGCCAAAGAAACAAAUAAAUACCCACUUUGGAGGAGCUCAAGAAACAAAGAUGAUGGAUGAUUCAGACAUCGAAGCAGCAGCAACAUUGCUCGAAAUGCAAGCAGCAGCAACACUACUCAAUAUUGCCGUCCAUGGACCUCCAGGAGUCCCUGAUAACUUGCAAGAAUUAGCAUGGGGUGCAAGAAGACGUCGUUCAGCAAGACCACAGCAUCAAUCACCACAGCAUCAAUCAGAGGCAUUGGUUGAGUGGGGUGCAAGAAGAGCACGUUCAGCAAGACCACAGCAUCAAUCAGUGGCAUUGGUUGAGUGGGGUGCAAGAAGAGCACGUUCAGCAAGAGGCAGGUUGCAAGAUUAAUCUAUUUCAAUUAGAGAAAAAUGUUUUUUUGUUUAUACCUAUGUUUUUGUUACUGUGGCAAGGCAGGUUGCAAGAUUAAUCUAUUUCAAUUAGAGAAAAAUGUUUUUUUUUUAUACCUAUGUUUGUUACUGUGGCAUAACUAAUGAUAGAUCUUGCGUUCUGCAAGUUAUGUAAAAUAAACACAAAUUAGCCCC